UGAUUGGUAAUUCUACACAGACUAAUGUGGAUCAUCACCUCAGUUUAUGGUGCAUGUAUUUCAACAUUUUACUGAACGUGUUUCUGCAAAGUUUACUUCUUAGAGGAUAAUAAAUGAUCAGGAAUAUGAGUAGUUGUCUGUUGGGCGUAGUAUUCAUCAUUUCAAUAUGUUUACUUAGUGGUGUGAAUGCUGAUAAAACAGCAAUCUUCAAUCUCGUAGAGUUUAUUGUAGAACUAUGGAGAUACGUUUUAGCUGAUCUGAAAAAUUUCUGCAAACGACUGAAGGAAACUUUCAAAUGCUAUUUAGACAACAUUGAUCCAACUCUCGGCGGUCAAGGUCAUACAUGUACAGGAGCGAUUUUCGAUUUGGAAACAUUUAUUUUGGAGAUCUGGAGCAAUCUAUACAAUCGCUUAGCUGAUACUUGGAAAUGCUUAUUACUAGUACUACCUGAAAAUCUGGGAGGUAAAACUACACCGUGUUACAAUUCCACUUCACAAUAGCUUAAAAAUCGAACUCCAUAAAAGCUAAAUAAACAACUGUUUUCUGGUUUAUUAUCUUGGGUGUUUAAAAAAAUUUUAUAAUGAGAUAUGAUACCAUACUACAUCUCAAACAGUUAUUAACAAUGAAGGAAUACACAACUUUACAGGUAGUGAUGAAACUACUGAAGUCGAUUUGUGAAAGUUACUGAUGUUAAGGAAGCCAAUUUCUAGUUUGUUUUGGAAUAUCUGCAUCCCGUUUGAGUGAUCUCUAUAUUGUCAUCACAUUACAAGCAUGUUAAGUUAUGUCGGAUAGGGGCUAGCUGGGUAAUCCAAAAGGCGUAUUUCAUUGCGUCGGGCUCAUUAGCUGGAUUCAACUGCAUCUUAAUAUUGAUUAUCAUACCGGGGCUCGAACCUGGUACAUUUCACUUAAAAUACUGAACUCAUUAUCUAAAUAACUAGAUUGUUAAUGUUAAUUAUCCUAUGAUGCAGUCGGGAAACUUUUACAAACGAAUCGAACUUCGCCCCGCUGCACUCUGAGGCUCAGUGGAUAACAUGUUGAGUGCUUGAAGCGAAAAGUGGUGGGUUAGAGUCCUGGUAUAAACAUCAAAACCAGGUUUCAAAUGGAAUGAAACAUACAUAUUGAGUAGUACAGUUAGCCACUAUUCAACUAUGUGUAAAAUAUUAAAAUAAAUCGUUAGGAAUAUAUUCAGG